AUGUUCUCCCAAAACCCUCGCCUCUUCCUCCGCUCUCACAUACCGGUACCGGUAUUCAAACAAGCAACACACCUCCUAUCCCCUGCCACAGCCAAAUACUCCAGCAGAGGAUCCCCGACACACACUCCAAAUUCAACCCCGAAGCCAGACAAGCCCACAAAAUCCUACGUUAAUAUCCAAAAACCCAAACCCCCAAACCCAGUGCUACGAAACACCAUCUCCGCAAAGAUCCCAGACAACCCGCGAAAAACCGGCCUCACAAACGCCUUACUAGAACCCCUUUCGACCACUGGGGCUGCUAAAGAAACGAGCCCACUCAAUCACAAUGACCCAGGCCCCGGCCUCGCCGGUUCCUUUGGCGACUCGACGCCCGAACUCUCCCUCGGCGAGUUAGCCUCCAGCGCGGAGUUCCGUAUCGAACCGCUCCGUCGCACGGUCGAGGGCCUAAGCACGAAGCGCGCUCGUCUCCUUUACCAAUCCCGCAAGCGCGGCAUUCUCGAAACGGACCUAUUACUAUCUACCUUUGCGGACGAGAAUCUCGGAAAGAUGGGCAUGGAGCAAUUGGAUGCGUACGAUAGGUUCCUGGACGAGAAUGACUGGGAUAUAUACUACUGGGCGACGCAGACGCCUCCGGCUCCGGCUACCAGUGUUGGACACGCUGAGGGGGAUAGUGAAGAAAUGGUGAGCGAGAAGACGAAGGUGGGGGAGAAGGUGGGGAAGGUGGAGUAUGGGCAAGGCGAGUGGGCGCAGACGGUCGGAAGGAAGAAGGAGCCGUACAGACCUCCGCCCGGGAGGUGGGCGGAAAGUGAGAUGUUGGGGAUGUUAAGGAGACAUGUGAAGGAGAGAGCCAAGGUUACUGAUGGCGGGAGAGAGGUUAGGAAGGGGUUGGGGAGGAUGCCUGACGUGAGAGUGUUCUAG